GACACGUUCUCAUCCGGCAGGAGACCUGUGUUGUUGUAGGGACACGUUCCCAUCCAGCAGGAGACCUGUGUUGUUGUGGACGGCGGCGACUGUGUUCCUCGCGCUCUCUCCCGGGGGACCUUGAUUUACCUCUCCUCUCAUUUAUCACCACACCUGCAGUGAUAUAUGCCAAGAUGCGUUUGGAGGCCCAGGCAAUCGUGUUAGCAGCAGGCCCAGGAAUGAGGAUGACAACAUUAACCAAUCACACUCCCAAGUGUCUCCUUCCUCUGGGCACUCUUCCCAUGGUCUGCUACCCACUUCAGCUCCUGCAGGAGGCUGGUUUCUCAGAGGUGACAGUGGUGGUGAGUGUGGGUGAAGAGCAGAGAAUGAGCAAAGUGGUGGAGCAGUAUGGGCUCAAGCUAAACCUGGACAUAGCUCCAGUCAACACCUCCCAUGACCCAGGCACUGCUGACUCCCUCAGACAUGUUGCCUCCAAGAUCAAGCGGAGUGUUGAUGACAUUGUGAUUGUAUCAAGUGAUUUGGUGACUGAUGUUAAACUUCAAGAUAUCUUGAAUCGGCACCGGUCUAGUGGUGCGGCGUUCACCAUGCUCACAGCUAACAAACAGCCAGAAUUCUUGAAGGCAGUUGCUCCUGGACCUAAAACUAAACCUACACUCAGUAGCGAUGUUGUGUGUCUGGAGACGGGGACAAAACGGCUGAUGUAUGCAGUAGCAGGCGGUGACUAUGACGAAGUUAUCACGCUGCAUUCCCGUGUUUUCAAGAGUGCCAAGUCCCUUGACUUGUCAACUUCUGUGAUUGAUGCUCACCUCUACAUCAUGAAGCGAUGGCUUGUUGAUUACAUCCUUAGUAAAGAAUCUCCAUGUGAAGAAAUGGGCUCACUCAAGGCAGAAAUCCUCCCGCACAUCAUCUCUCGCCAGUUCACCAGGAAGCCCACCAAGCCGCGUAGUGAGAGGAAGCUGGAUAUUCAUGACGUAAUAGAAAAGGAAGAAUAUGAUGGUUUGGUGAAGAAGUACAACAGCAGUGUGGAGUUGUCAAGACACCACAAUUCUUGCCAGAUGGACCCUCGGGUGUGUUACGUCUACCUUCACCAAGGCUGUUGUGUCCGGGCCAACACCCUUAACUCAUAUUGGCAGCUUAAUAGAAAGAUGCACUCGCUGUUUGAGCAAGUUUAUCCAAACUCGGAGUGGAGCAUCAAACAUCCAUCAGCAGAUAUUCACGAGAGGGCACAGGUUGGGGAGGACUGUUUAAUUGGUUCAGGAUCUGUCAUAUGUGAGAAGACCAAUGUAACAAGUUCUGUCAUUGGCAAUCACUGUCGUAUUAACCCCUUCGUCCGUCUGCUGAACUGUGUUUUGGGAGACCACAUUACCAUUGCAUCAGGAUGUGUGAUAGAAAAUAGUUUGAUUGUUGCUAGUAUAGAGAGGAAGUGCACCAUCAAAAACUGCAUUGUAACCGACCCAAACAAGAUCGAGGAAUUAAAGACCUACACGAAUGAAAUUUUGGAAACGACGCAAGAUUUUGCAUAGUAACAGAUCGACACACUGACAGUCUCUCAGUCGGCCUCGCUGUGAAGCUUCCUUUUACCUACUCCCAGGCAGGUUAUCCUUUGUGUUGUAUAUUUUCAUACCACAUCUGCUCGCCUCACCACAUGGAGUCGUUGGAACAGCAGAGAUCUCGCUUCUUGUGAUAUCCCCGAUGGUCCAAAUGGUUGGGCACCAUUCCUUCCCUCCUUCUUAUCCCAGCUCCUUGUCUUCGUCUCUCUUCCAAGUGCUGUAUAGUUGGACUGGCUUGGCACUUUAUCCCUCUCUCUAUGAGUAUUAUUUUUGAGUUUACAAUUGUUAAGGAAGCUUGGACAUUAAUUUACACAUGUUCUUCAAUGUGUAGAUUUGUGCAGUGAGAGUAAACUGUGUGUAAUAUUAAGGAACAAAAAUAAAGUUCUUCAAGACAUACCAUG